AUGCCGUUACCAUAUUUUCCUGAUAUUCCCCUGAGUCUUGCACUUCCCGCCGCGGCUACCUCUCUCGCAUAUCUUAACGCGAAAUGGUCGCUCUCAUACGACUUGGGCCUCAUCAAGGGGUUGUUGAAGAUGUCCAUGAAGUCCCGCGUCGCAGAACGUGGUGAUCGCUUGAACCUCUUCUACACCCUGGAAGCCCAAGCACUCAAUCCCAAAACUGCCGAUAACCCUUUCAUUGUAUACAAUGGCAAAACAUCGACGUUCCACGAGACAUAUAUUAUAGCGCUCCGCUAUGGUGCUUGGUUCAAGAAAGUCCAUAGCGUCAAACGCAAGGAGAUUGUUGCAAUCGACUUCAUGAAUUCUUCUACCUUCAUCUUCAUGGUACUUGGACUGUGGAGCAUUGGAGCGGUCCCUGCGUUCAUCAACUACAACCUGGCUGGAAAGCCGCUUACUCAUUCUAUCCGGACUUCUACCGCGAGGCUCUUGGUGGUUGACGAAGAGGUCCGCCACUGCUUCCCGGAGGAGCAGGAGAAGAUCUUGACAUCGUCGGGCUUCCGUGAUGGCGAAGGCUCGGUUGAGAUCGUGUUCCAUACAUCGGAGGUUGAAGCACAGGUUUUGGGAAUGGAGCCUACGCGUGAGGAUGAUAAGGUGCGUGGUGGCUUGAUUCCUCGCGAUAUGGCCAUCUUGAUCUACACCAGUGGUACUACUGGACUUCCUAAGCCUGCCAUUGUCAGCUGGAAGAAGUGCUGGUCUGGUAGUCUGUUCUUUGGAGAUUGGAUGAGUAUAACUCCCUCAGACAGAUUCUUCACGUGCAUGCCACUAUACCAUAGCUCCGCCUCAGUGCUUGGGUUCUUGACAUGUUUGGCCAAUGGAGCGACCUUGAUAAUUGGCCGCAGAUUCUCUGCGCGCAAUUUCAUCAAGGAGGCCCGUGAAAACGAUGCAACUAUCAUCCAAUAUGUCGGCGAAACCCUCCGUUAUCUAUUGGGUGUGACGCCUGAAGUUGACCCUGUCACCGGUGAGGAUCUUGACAAGAAACACAAGAUCAGACUGGCGUUUGGAAAUGGACUGCGCCCUGACAUCUGGAACCGCUUCAAGGAGCGCUUCAACAUCCCCACAAUCGCGGAGUUCUAUGCCGCCACUGAAGCCUCAAGCGGUUCUUGGAACAUCUCGUCCAACGAUUUCUCCGCAGGUGCUAUUGGCCGGAACGGCGCAUUAGGGAACAUCAUCCUCGGUCGAGGCUCUGCCGUUGUCGAUGUCGAUUUCGAGACCCAAGAGCCAUGGCGUGACCCGACGACCGGCCUUUGCAAGAAGGUCCCUCGAGGCGACCCAGGCGAGUUGCUAUUUGCCAUCGAUGCAGCAGACCCUUCGGCCAAUUUCCAGGGCUACUACGGAAACAAAAAAGCCACAGAAGGUAAGAUCAUUCGUGAUGUAAUUAAGAAAGGCGAUGCCUACUUCCGCACCGGUGAUAUGGUCCGGUGGGACAAGGAAGGCCGCUGGUUCUUCUCGGAUCGCCUGGGUGAUACCUUCCGCUGGAAGAGUGAGAAUGUGUCCACCGCCGAGGUCUCCGAGGUUCUGGGCGCGCACCCUGACGUCCACGAAGCCAACGUCUACGGUGUGGCCCUUCCCAACCACGAUGGCCGUGCCGGCUGUGCAGCCAUUGUCUUCAACCAGCAGAUGGCUAGUGGAAACCUCUCCGAUACCGCGCUGGAGCCGUCGCGCGAUAUCCUCGACGGUCUGGCUGCACACACGCUUAAGAAUCUACCCCGGUUUGCGGCUCCUUUGUUCUUGCGUGUUACGCCCGAAAUGCAAUCGACCGGCAAUAACAAGCAACAAAAGCAUGUCCUCCGUACUGAGGGCGUGGAUCCGGCGCUUGUAUCGAAGAAGGAUCGCGUGUAUUGGCUCCAGGGCAACUCAUAUGUGCCCUUUGGACAGAGGGAUUGGGAGCGGUUGACUGGUGGUCAGGUUCGACUUUGA